GUGCUGAUCGGAGACUCUGGUGUAGGGAAGAGUAACCUGCUGUCCCGUUUCACACGGAAUGAGUUCAACCUGGAGAGCAAAAGCACCAUCGGUGUGGAAUUCGCCACCCGCAGCAUCCAGGUGGACGGCAAGACGAUAAAGGCCCAGAUCUGGGAUACAGCUGGACAGGAGCGCUACAGAGCCAUCACUUCAGCGUGAGUGGAGGAGGGUGCUCACUGCUCAAUAAUGUUAAGGAUACUCAUCUUCCUGUAACCUGCCCUUUAUGGAACUAGCAUAUUUUGAUAGUACUGCAACCAUUCUGUGAAAUCUUUCUCUAUCUUAGUCUCACAACCUUUGACCUCCUAUCCCUGCUCUGUCCCAAUCAGGUACUACCGGGGGGCGGUGGGGGCUCUCCUAGUGUACGACAUUGCCAAGCAUCUGACCUAUGAAAACGUGGAGCGCUGGCUGAAGGAGCUGAGGGAUCAUGCUGAUAACAACAUCGUCAUCAUGCUGGUGGGCAACAAGAGUGACCUGCGCCACCUCAGGGCAGUGCCCACAGACGAGGCUCGCGCCUUCGCAGGUAAACAACAAAAACACAGGAGUAGAUGACAGCUCACUCCGGGGACAAAGAUGGUUAAGAAGACAUCCCUGUUUGUCUCAACUCAAUCUUUUCUCUUUUUCUCCCUCAGAAAAGAAUACGCUAUCAUUUAUUGAGACAUCGGCUUUGGACUCCACUAAUGUAGAAGAGGCGUUCAAGAACAUCCUCACAGGUAAGAAGAGGGAGCCACGACACACCUCACAUUACUGGAAACUAACUAGUCUAUAAGGUAUGUAUUAUUGGCACAUUUUAUUUUCAGUUACUGUCUCGUCCUUUUCCUCCAGAAAUCCACCGAAUCGUAUCACAGAAGCAGAUAGCUGACAGAUCAGCACAUGACGAGUCUCCAGGCAACAAUGUAGUUGACAUCAGUGUCCCCCCCACCACCGAUGGGCAGAAAAACAAACUGCAGUGCUGCCAAAGCCUGUGA